UCAGCGACCGGCCCGAGGCCGCGCCCGCUCUCGCUCCCUCUGGCUGUGCGGGGCCUGUGAUGGCGGCGGCGCGGCCUGCGCUGGCUCGGGCCUUGCUGCAGCAGUGCGUAUCCGCCCGGCUGCAGGUGAAGCCGCCCGAAAAGGGCUGUGAGGCCGAAUGGGUUGAGAUCCAGAGAGGGCUUGUUAUCUACAUAUGCUUCUUCAAAGGUGCUGAUGAGGAUCUUGUUCCAAAAAUCGUCAAUAUGCUGUUGAAUGUUAAAUUAAGUGAAAAUGAGAGUGGCGAGUACGUUUCUGUUCUUGAUUUACCAGGCGAUGUGCUAAUCAUCCCACAAGCUACCCUGGGCGGUAAACCCAAGGGAAGAAAGAUGCAAUACCAUGUAAACAUUGAAAAAGAAAAAGGGCUGGAACUUUAUUCUCAGUUUGUGACUUUGUGUGAAAAAGAACUGUCUGCCAGUGCUAAAUGUGUGGAAGCAGGUGUUCUUGUCAAGCACGGCAUGUAUGGAAACAGGCAGGUUUUAAAACUGGAUACAAACGGACCUUACACUCAUCUGAUUGAAUUUUGAAAAAAAAAAAAAAAAAGAAAUGAUAUCCUGGAUACAGUACUGGCCUGCAACUGUUGUGGUGGUUUUUUUGUUUUUUGGGUUUUUUUUUCCCUAAGCAUUAGUGUACUUAAAUGAUUUGAGAGAUACACUGUAAGAAAGACUUUCACUCACCUGUACUGAUGUUGCCAAUCUCAUUAAAUAGAAGGAUGCCUGA